AUGGACAUCAAGGAAGCUUUGUGUGUCCGUCCCCUGCAUGUGGGGACACUGGCUCAGUCCCAGAGGGGAGGGCAGGGAGGGUCCCGUGCCCUGUGCCCCCCGAGGGGGCUGCAGGAGUGCCCGCUGUGCUCCCAGGAGCACGGGAGGGAGAGGUGCUGGUUCUCUCCUCAGCGGGCACAGACUGACCCUUCUCUCUGUCGUCCAUCAGAGAAGGUGACGCUGGACCCAGAGACGGCGAGUCCUUUCCUGCUGCUCUCUGCAGACCACAGAACCCUGCGCCUGGCAGAGGGAUUCCAGGACCUCCCCGACACCCCCCAGAGAUUCACGGACAGCCCCAGCGUGCUGGGCUCCCGGGGCUUCACGGCUGGCAGGCACUACUGGGAGCUGGAGGUCGGGAAGGGGCACAGCUGGGCCGUGGGGGUGGCCCUGGAGUCCGUGCAGAGGAAGGACUCGCUCAGCAUUGCCCUGGGCAAGGUCUGGGCCCUGCGGCUGGACUGGGAUGGCCAGUACACGGCGCUCCACGGGCUGCCCGCCCUGCUGGCACUGCAGGAAAAGCCCCGGAGAAUCAGGGUCCACCUGGACUACGAAGGGGGCCAAGUGACCUUCUACAACACAGAGAACAUGGCGCAGAUCUUGCAGUUCAAGACCUCCUUCACCGAGAAGGUCUUCCCGUACUUUUGGCUCUGGUCAGCAGACACCUUCAUCCGCCUGUGUGACUGAUGGGAUCGGGUGCCUCCCAGUGCCCUGCCGUGCCCUGGGCUGGCUGAGCAGGCAGGAAGCGUGGCAGUGACACAGCACCACGCUGCAAACUCGCCACAGCUCUGCCUGGGCUGGGUCUGCUCUGGGCGUUGCUGCAUCUCCUCCUUCUGAGUCCUCUGGAGCAUUAAAGACGUGCUGUCCUG